AUGGACCAGAAUGACCUAGCACUCACUCAAUUGAGAUGCCUUCUCAACUUACACCCGCACCCACCACUACCGUACUCAGCUAACACAGAUUCCUUCCCUUCUGCCACUUUCAACUACGUUCCCGAGACCCCCGAGAUCGAGGGCAACGUGGCUGCCUGCGGUAUCCCCCAGCCUUUCCACUCCGAUAAGGAGCUUGCUGGAAAGAAGGUCGUUUUCGUGUCCGUCCCCGGCGCCUUCACCCCCACCUGCACCGCCAACCACAUUCCUCCUUACAUCGAGAACGUGGACAAGCUCAAGGCCAAGGGCGUCGACAAGGUCGUCGUUAUCUCUGCCAAUGACCCCUUCGUGCUGUCCGCCUGGGGACGAGCUCUCAAGGCUCCCAAGGACAACUUUUUCAUCUUUGCCUCCGACGGAAACGCCGCCUUCUCCAAGUCCAUUGGCCAGGCUGUCGAUCUCGCUUCUGUGGGCUUCGGAGAGCGAACUGCCCGAUACGCCAUCAUCGUGGACGAUGGCAAGGUUACCUACAACGAGCAGGAGCCUGGCAAGGAAGUCACUGUCUCCGGCUUUGACGCUGUCUACGCCAAGCUCUAA